CCAGGAUUUAGCCGGGGGACAAGAAGGUGAGGGGCGAACACGCAGCACACACACACACACCCGCCGCUGACUCGCGUGUCGUUAAACUUCGAAAGGACGGAGAAGAAAAAGAGAAUGAAGAAGAAUUCAAAUAACAGAAUAUGACGCACGCGGCGCGACUGCAACUCCGCGCCGGACGUCCAAACCCGGAAACGUACGUGCUGCGCCUGUGACGUCAUCGCGUCAGCUGGCCCAAUGUUUACAUCCAGCAGUGGCGUGUUCGCGGCCGGAUCGUGAUCAACAAGAGGCUGCUCACAACAAAGGAGGCCACGGGCGAGAUCCAUCCACGCGUCACUGAGGCAUCAUGGGCGGAGCUGUGAGUGCCGGGGAGGACAACGACGACUUGAUUGACAACCUGAAAGAGGCUUACUACAUCCGCUCAGACCUGGUAGAGCGGGCUUUCCGCGCCAUUGACCGCGCCGACUACUACCUGGACGAGUACAGGGAGAACGCCUACAAGGACUUGGCUUGGCGACAUGGAAACAUUCACCUGUCAGCUCCAUGCAUCUACUCCGAAGUCAUGGAGGCUUUGGACCUUCGCCCUCGGCUCUCCUUCCUCAACCUGGGCAGUGGGACCGGCUACCUCAGCACCAUGGUGGGCCUCAUCCUGGGACCGUUUGGAGUGAACCAUGGAGUGGAGUUACACGCUGACGUCAUCGACUAUGCCUACCAGAAGCUGCACUCCUUCAUCACCACCAGCGACACUUUUGACAAGUUUGAGUUCUGCGAGCCGUCCUUCGUGUUGGGCAACUGCCUGGAGAUCCCCCCCGAGAGCCGUCAGUACGACCGGGUGUAUUGCGGGGCGGGCGUGCAGAAGGACCACGAGGACUACAUGAAGAACCUGAUCAAGGUGGGCGGCGUCCUGGUCAUGCCUCUGGAGGAAAAGCUGACCAAGAUCACUCGCACGGGACCCAACAGCUGGGAGACCAACAAGAUCAUCUCCGUGUCCUUCGCUCCGUUGGUGUUGCCCAAACGCAACAUGGACGCCAGAACCAAAGCUGUUCCUCUACCAAAGUACGAGGUGCGGACGCUGCAGGAGCUGGCUCGCUUCUCCAUCCGCCACACGCUGCGAACGAGCGCCGACGGAGACAAGCAGGCGCCGACACGCGGCUCCUCCUUCAGCGUGGGCAGAGGCCUGGCGGUGGCCGGCCUGCACAAGUACGGCCCUCGCUUCAAGCGCCGCCGCGUCCACCGUCGCCGUUGCAACACCCUGGUCCUGGCCACGCGGCAGGCGCCCGGCGCCAUCGGCCCCACGCCUCUGGACGGCAACAACAACCAGGGCGGCAGGACGGAGGACGAGGAGGACGCCCGGAGGGAGAGGAGAGGCGCCAGGAGGACCAACGCCAGGCCCCGAGGAGCGGCGGCAGAGGAGGAGGCGGAGGAGGAGAGAGAGACGGGCGAGCUCCUGCGCGUGCAGCCGCUGGUCAACGUGCUGAGGCAGAAGAUUCUCUGCUUGCCGCUGCCAGAACCGCUCAAGAAGUUCCUCCUCUUCUACAGGAACAAGUGACGAUUCCACACCAUUCCACUGACCCAUAAUCUACAUGUCUGAAUGUACAGAACCACCCCUUUUGUAUAAAACAUCAACUUAUAGUCUUGCUUCUUUUUCUAACAGGACAUUAAUGUUAAUAUUAUUAUUGGCUGGAAUAAAGUGCAGAGUACAAAAUGUCAACUUUUUAAUUUUUGGACCACAAUUCUGAGAAUGAAUGCUGACCAAGCAGUAAUGUUGUCUUCAAAUAGUUAACAUUCCAUUUGGAAGUUCUGAUUGGACGAGCAACUACACAGCAUCUACCCGUCUAUACCCAUGUAUAGACGGGUGAGUUGAUCACCUGAUCAAUCCACGACAAUGUGCAAAAUCUAAUGAAUUUGAUUCAAAUGUGAAAAUUCUUAGUGAAACACUGCAAGGUAAAAUUUAUUUCAAUGUGUAAUAAAUUAAAACUGUUUUUGUUAAAACUUAAUUUGAAUCUUUUUUUUUUAAGAGACAUUUUUUUGGUUGCACGUUUUUGCUUGUGUUGACUCAACUAUAACAAUCUUUAUCAAAUUGUUUUAAUAAAAUACUUUUUGGUUGCAAAUA